AAAUUAAACAAUAAAAAUCCGCAAAGCUUUAACGCAUACAUACAGACUUUUCGGCGCAAUCGUUUUGGUUUUGACAGUUGCGAUGAAUACACGCGUACAUACAUACAUAUAAGUGGAUGUACGUAUGUACGUUUGUGUUGGCAUGUUGACAUAGGCAAGUCUAUCCCCAACGCAAGACAGCUGAUAUAAAUCAAGCACAUUGACCUUAGUUACAGUUAGUUACUUUUUUUGGAACAUUAUUUUUGGAACAUUUGUAAAUAAAACAUUACGAACUUCAACUUUGUACACGUAGCUUAUGCAUUAGGAAUUGUGAUUUGCUUUGAGCGAAUUAAUGGAUUUGUCAGUAUGACCUUUAAAGCGUUGCAUGAAGUGCCGUCAAUUGUUAUUUCGGCAAGUCGGGAGACGAAAAUCAUACGAAAAUCAGUGUCCAAAGUCAAAUUUAGCAUUCGAGGAAUUUAUUUUUGCUGCAGAAACAACGAUAAAGAAUAACGACGUCACAAAAUCUUUACCGCAAAGGAGUACAACAUUUCUGCUACAUAAAUUGUACACGACAGUAUUAACAAAUCUCAACUGCCGCCGCAGCAAUUCUCAUACGCAAGCGUUAGAACUAGAAAAGUCACAAAGUUUAUUAAAAAUGUCCACAUCAAACGCAGUACCUUUAACUAUUUUACAUUACAACGAUGUCUAUAAUAUAGAACCGAACUGCGGGAAGGAGCCCGUAGGCGGCGCAGCACGCUUUUGCACUGCACUCAAAUCUUUCGCGCAUCUCAAUCCGUUGAUACUUUUCAGUGGUGAUAUUUUCUCACCUAGCAUGUUAAGCACCUUCACUCAGGGCGAGCAAAUGCUACCGGUACUGAAGCGAACGGGCACUCAUUGCGCUGUGUUUGGUAAUCACGAUUUCGAUCACGGCUUGGAUGUGCUGGUGAACUUGAUAAAAAAUACUGAUUUUCCUUGGCUGAUGUCCAAUGUGGUGGACAAAGAAACUGGUAGGCCACUGGGUGGCGGAAAGGUCACGCACACAAUGUUACAUAAUGAAAUUAAAAUCGGUUUGGUUGGACUGGUCGAACGCGAAUGGCUGGAAACAUUACCCACCAUAGAUCCCAAUGAGGUCACCUAUAUCGACUAUGUCGAUGCUGGCAACAAAUUAGUAACCCAGCUGCGUAAAGACGGUUGUGAGAUUGUAAUCGCUUUGACGCAUAUGCGAACGCCUAAUGAUAUUAAGCUUGCGAACAAUUGCACUGGCAUAGAUCUCAUUCUGGGUGGCCAUGAUCACGUUUAUGAGAUAAAGGAGGUGAAUGGUGUGAAGAUUGUUAAAUCAGGCACUGAUUUUCGUCAGUUCUCAAAAAUCACUUUGGAUAAGAAACGUGAUGAGAACGGUAGACUGUUGAUAGAAAUUGAACCAGUGAAUGUCACAUCGGAUUUUGCCGAAGAUAAAGAACUCAAGGAGGAACUGGAAAAAUAUUCAGAGGUUGUUGAAGCUAAAAUGACUGAAGUUCUAGGCAACUUCAGCGUGGAGUUGGAUGGCCGCUUCUCUGUCAUACGCACACAAGAAACGAAUUUAGGCAAUUGGGUAUGCGACGUUGUACUCGCUGCUACCGGCGCGGAUGUGGUCAUCAUCAAUGCAGGCACAUUUCGUUCCGAUCAAAUACACCCACCGGGUCCAUUUACAAUGCGUGAUUUGGUAAAUAUUAUACCAAUGCGUGAUCCUCUCAUACUUUUAAGUAUUAGUGGUAAGUGCUUGUGGGAAGCUUUGGAGAAUGCCGUCUCAGCGUAUCCGAAAUUGGAAGGCCGAUUUCCGCAAGUGAGUGGCGUUACAUUCGCCUUUGAUCCCACAAAACCACCAGGGCAACGUAUAGACCCACGUCUAAUACAGGUUGCCGACGACUUGGUUAAUUUACAACAAAUGUACAAAAUAUGUAUUAAAAGCUAUAUACAUAACGGUUGUGAUGGCUUCACAAUGUUUAAGAAUGCUCAAAUUUUGAUUGACGAAGAUCUCUGCCCUGAACUGGGUCUGACCAUACAAAAUCAUUUCAAAGCAAUUAAUAUACGCAAUGAAAAAACCGAUCAUCAUACCAAACAUCGACAAUCUUUGGUUACACUCUCACGGCGUCAUAGUAUGGUGCAAAUGCUGGAACAUCUACAUCUAGAUGGUCCAUCGCCCAUAAGAAAGCUAUCUGUUGGCAAUCAGGCGAAAUCUGUAGAUCAUCAUACUAAUAGUAAAGCGCCAAAGAUGUUACGACGCGCCUCUCUCGAAGACCUAGAGCAGGCAAGUUGCGAAUUGGCACCGACCGUGCAACAGCGUGUUAUUCAAAUACAGGAUGAGGAACACUACAAACACUUGCUGUUGAAAAGUGAAUCUUUUAUGAAGAAUUCUGUGAUUACCGAAACCGAAGAGGAGUAAAACAAGGUAUUCUUAAAUAAAUAAAUAUAUAACUCUAUAGUUCACUUCUAUGAGUACAAAUUAGUGCUAAUACAAUUGAGCUACUACUGUAAUAGACAAAUUGCUAUGUUAUAGUCUAAAAGAAAACAAAAUAUAAGCUUAUUUCUAAACUAAAAAGACACCUAAAUGUUGUAAGAA